CUCCUAAAACAGAGCGGGUUUAUAUAGAGGAACAAACUCGGAUGCUCAAUCACACUCAUUUCUUCCUCCUCUGAAACGGACAACAGAGUCACCGCCAAGAUGAGAGUGUACCUCGCCGUCGCCAUGCUGAUGCUGGCUUUUGUCGCAUACACAGAGGCUCAGGACCCGGAGCAGACCAUCGAGCAGAAGUUCGCUAACUUUGGCCAGCAGAUGGCUGAGGCGAGCCAGGCACUGGCGGAGAAGGCCAAGACCGCCUUAACAGAGGUCCACAACAGCAACUUCGCAACGGAGACACGGGAUUGGUUUCAGCGGCAGUAUGAAACAGUGAAGGAGAAGGUGAAUGGCCUGUAAUCGACCCCCCCCGGCUUCAGCCAACAACCCGGCUCUUCAGCCCCCCCCCCUCCGGCUUCAGCCAGCAGCAAAAAAAUGCUAUAAAGAUAUUAAAACAAUAUUUUUGAAAUAUA